ACGUUCGAACAGAAUGAUGUUUGAAUUGGUUAAUAUAUUUUAGGGCUUUGGGAUGGUCGGAUAAAUUAUAGAGUGAGUAUUAUUAUGUUUAUUUAUUUAUUUUUUUUUUUUUAAUGGGACGUCUGGGAUUAUAUGAUGAAGAUCUGUGAAAUUCAAAGUUCUUGGAAGUAUGAUUGAAUUCGGACUGAUCCCGCCACAUUUAGAUGUGCAGAUUUCGUCGGGAUUUUUGGGCGAUAAAAAUGUCAAAAUGUGUUAUUAACGGUACGAGUUCGAAUUUUCUGGCGUUUUGGGUGGGAAAAAUUCAAAAAUCUUGCAGAAUUUCUAUCUUGAAGGGAAUUGGGAUCGUUCAGUUUAACGACGAUAAGGGCGUUAUCAAUGCUGGUUGUCAGCAUGACCUUGAGUCGGAUCUGACCUAUUCCGUUAAUCGCCGGUUGCGUAUCAAUUGACAAGAUGCAAAAGAUAACUAAAGGCAGAUUUUUUUCGACGGUCGGCUUUUUCACUAAGGACAGGUACCAGGUGAAAAGAGGCGAUUUCGGUUAUGUAACAGACAAGGAGCUGAAAGAGUUCGAAUCGAUUUUGGGCAAAGAUCGUGUGCUUACAGAUGAAAAUGAAGUCUCAGCUUACAAUGUAGACUGGUUGAAAACGGUCGCAGGAGAAGGCAAGGUUGUCUUGAAGCCGAAGACGGUCGAAGAGGUAUCGCAGAUAAUGAAGACAUGCCACAGAAGCCGAAUCGCCGUCUGCCCGCAGGGAGGUAAAACCGGCCUGGUCGGCGGAUCUGUACCCGUAUUUGAUGAGGUCAUCAUAUCCACCAGUCUUAUGAACAAGAUAUAUGAUAUAAACCAACUCGGAGGUACGGUAAAAUGCGACAGUGGGUGCAUUCUCGAGAGUCUGGACGAGGCACUCGCGGAUCGGGGGAUGAUGAUGCCGCUUGACUUAGGUGCUAAAGGGAGCUGUCAAAUCGGCGGGAAUAUCUCUACAUCCGCAGGUGGCUUGCGAUUACUAAGGUAUGGGACGAUGCAGGCCAACACGCUUGGACUCGAAGUCGUCCUGGCCGACGGCACCAUCCUCAACAUGUUGAACUCGCUGAGAAAGGACAACACAGGCUACCAUUUAAGGCAGCUUUUCAUUGGAUCAGAAGGAACACUCGGGCUCGUGACGAAAGCCGUGAUCCAGUGCCCUGUACGGCCUAAAUCUGUAAAUCUUUCUUUCCUCGGUUUGCCGAGCUAUGAUGCCGUACUUGCGACUUACAGGCUCGCCAAGGAUAUGCUGUCUGAGACGCUUUCAUCAUGCGAGAUGAUCGACACUCCCAGCUUUGAAUCGGUGCUGACGCUCGGUCUCAAGUCACCGCUUUCCUCCGACUACCCGUUUUACAUGCUGAUUGAGACACACGGCAGCUCUGAGGAGCAUGAUUCGACCAAGAUGACUUCGUUCCUUGAGCGUUGCAUGGAAGAGGGGCACGUCUUGGAUGGCACAUUCUCCAACGAACCAUCGCGCAUGCAUAAUAUAUGGCAAUUGAGAGAGAGGAUAGCGGAAUCGAUGGCAAAGAAUCACUAUAUCUUCAAAUAUGACAUAACACUACCGCUCGAGAAGUUCUACGAGGUGACCCGAGUGAUGAAAGAGCAUAUGAGCAAAUUUGGGAGCCGGGUAGAGGUCACUGGCUUCGGCCACCUUGGCGACGGAAACAUGCACCUCAACUUACUCACCGACAAGUACGACCCAGAAGUUGAGAAGCACAUCGAACCGUUCAUAUUCGAGUGGACCGCGUCCGUUGGAGGGAGCAUCUCCGCCGAGCAUGGCAUAGGUUUCAAAAAGGCCAAAUACCUCCACUACUCAAAGUCGACCGAGGCUAUUGCCCUCAUGAGGCACAUAAAGGGCGUCAUGGACCCAAAAGGAAUUCUCAACCCAUACAAAGUCCUCGCAUGAUAUUAUUAUUAUUAUUAUU